ACGUACUAAAUGUCAAAUCUAAUCAAAUUGACAAUCAGUCUAUACUCAAGAUUAACAUUGAUACCUUGAAAUACAUCGAAAAUAUUAUGGGAAAUAAAAUGGAUGAAAAGCAUCAUUAUCAGUCUGAUGUUAGAGUUCAAAAUUUUUCUAUUUUGAGAAGUCCGUACACCAACAGAUAUCAACUUGCUAAGCCUCAAACCGAUUUCCAUAGAGAAUAUGAAGACCUUUUUGCGUUUUUCCCUAAGACAUAUCAAAGUGUGAAGGAACUGAAGCUGUUUCAGGUGAAUUCUUACGACUUCACUGAAGUUCUUGAUAGAAGGUUGGGUUUGCAAAAGGAGAAGCAGCAAGGAUACUCUCUGAUGAUGAGGAAGAUGAAUAUGAGGGAAAGCAUAAACGGGAUAAAAUAUAGUUUGAAAGAACAAUGGAAGGAGCUUGAGAAAAAAGAAUACGAGCUGAAGAAGUAUUUGAUAUCUUUCAGAGAGUUUUUGAUAUUAGGAAAUGAAAGAAUUGAAAGACUCCAAUCGAAAAUAUACGAAUUCCGAAAGUUGAGAGAAUCGAGAGAAGACCAAGUAGAUUUUUUACUGGAACAGAAAUCAAGAUUGAGAAAAGUCCUUGAAGAUAUAAGGAAGAAUAUACAGCUCCUGGUUGUUUAUGAAAAUUUUCUACAGUUGGUUGUGAAAUCCCGUAUGAGUCAGUUCGAGAGUAUAGAUGAAAUGAUGAACCAUUUCGAGAUUCUCAUUGAAAGGAAAGCUAUAUUGGUUGACAAGGCUACCCAUACUUCACAAAAAGUUCUUAGUUCUAUCAGAGAGAUGAUGGACCUCCAAAGAGUAGCAGAAACUGAAAUCCAAAACCUCAAAAUGCAGGUUUAUGAUCUAGAGCAAAAAUACAUAGCAGCUAAGAACAAAGCGAUUCACAAACAGAAUUUCUACAUCUAUAUCAUGGACAAGAUGAAGCAGAAAAGACAGGAGUUCUUAACAUGUAGAGAAGCGAUAUUUUCAAUUUACAUGAUGAUGUCCAAGACACUAAUUUGGGAUAGAGAAAACCUGUGCUCCAAAGAUGAUUUUUUAGGGCAACUCAGUUUUAUGUCGAUGGUAAUGAGCUGCCAGGAGAAAAUAACGAGAAAAAAGAUUUGUCGUUGAUGAUCAGACCGAUGACUAUAGUAGAGAGGGCUAUUUACAGAAGUACUUUUUGAAUUAUUUGAAACAUUUAUACUGAUACAUAUUACAUUUACCUAUAAGUAAAAAUAUACGAUAUUAUUGAA